AUGAUGCCACCGCCUAAAAGGAAGGACUUGAUGCCUACCUAUCUUAGCCCGGCGCCUGGUCAAUCAGAUAUUGAUGAGUUAAAUCAGCAGUUGAACAUGCUACCAGAUUUGAAAGUUACAACUGAUAAAGAGGUCGGGUAUCUUGGAUCCAGAAAAUCUCAGUCAAAUGGUAGUUAUCAUAUCGGAAUACCAAGACAGUUACAUGUUAGGUCUGGUGAGGUGCAGGAGGUGCAGUCCCUUGGAGGACCAUUUCAGUCAGAAACUGGUUAUCAUUGGUCAAAGCGACAGAGAAUCGAAACACCGAUAAAGUUGAAUAUUACUCCUUGGGACGAUUCAUCCAGACUUCCUUCUCUUCAGCUAUCUCCCGACUUUACUCUCCCUGCUAAUUUUGUUGCAGAGCAGAAAAUGUCCAUUCCACUGACAAGUUUUGAGGAGGUUUCUUCAUAUGCUAACAGAUGUUUCAUUACAUCCCCAUUGCCGGUUAGUAGCAAUUUUGUUCUUGGUGAAGUAUCUGACACCAUCAGCGUAUGUUCUGAUAUAACGAAGCUAGAUGUGAUGGACAACUCUCCAUUGGAUAAGAAGCAUGUUCAGGGUCUUAGUACUAGCAAAAGUAUAAAAUCAGCAAGAGCAAAUGUAACCAAGGUUUAUUCUUUCAAGGAUCUGGUUUCUCCCAUGAAAAGAGAAAUCCAAGCAGAGAAAAAGCCUCUGAACCAUAAGAUGAACCAUAAGAAACCGGGAUUUGGAGUGGACAUUGUUGAGCCGAUGAAAUGUGAUGAAGGGACCAAGUGUGAGGUUAAUGGUGACACAAUGUCUCUGGGAAAGCGUAACAAGAGAGAUGUCUCACUGGUCGAACGUUUCACAGAAGAAGAAAUAAAGUUGCAUAUAAUGAGCCUUAAGGAGGGAAGUAGUCAGGGCAAAAUGAGAGAAAUGUGUGACCUCAAGGAAGAACUAUGUCAGUUGUGUGGUGCUGGUGCACUCCUGUUCCCAGCACAACCAAUAUACUGCUCGUUGUGCACUCGCCGAAUCAAAGAAAAUUCUUUCUAUUACAUCCCUGAGGAAACACUAAGUGAUGCGCAACAUCAAAUCUGUAAUCCUUGCUACAAUCGUUGUAGAAGCCAGUUCACGUUAUCUGGACUCAGUGUCUCAAAAGCCAAAAUGCUUAAAAAGAAUAAUUCUGACAACCAAAACACAGAGGAGUGGGUGUCUUGCGGAUCUUGCGGGAAAUGGCAACAUCAGAUAUGUGGUCUCUACAAUCUACAUAAAGACAUUGACAAAAACGCAGACUACAUUUGUCCCUACUGUUUGUUAGAGGAGCGUAAAAGUAUCAACGAGAUGGGAUUCCAUGACAAUACGGAUGUGGGGGCAAAAGAUUUGCCUGAAACUAUCCUCAGCCACUUUAUAGAGCAAAGGCUAUUCAGGCGCCUCAAAGAAGAAAGAUGCCAAACCGCAAAGGCUACUGGGCAGAGCAUCAAUGAUGUAUCAGAACCAAAUGAUCUUACCGUCAGAGUGGUGUUUUCGGCUGAAAAAAGCUCAGUAGUCAACAAACAAUUUGUCAAUUUGCUUCAGAAAGAACACUAUCCUAGUGAAUUCCCUUACAGAUCGAAGGUUAUCCUUCUGUUUCAGAAAGUCGAAGGAGUUGAUAUAUGUAUCUUUGCGUUGUUUGUCCAAGAGUUUGGAUCAGAAUGUAGCGUACCAAACCAACGCAGCAUAUACGUCUUAUAUCUCGAUUCAGUCAAGUACUUUAGACCCGAGAGAGUGACGUUUGCAGGAGAAGCUCUUCGUACUUUCGUUUAUCAUGAAAUAUUGAUUGGAUACCUCGAGUACUGCAAGAUUCGGGGUUUCACCGCAGGUUAUAUAUGGGCGUGUCCUCCUCCAAAAGGAGAAGAUUACAUUAUGUAUUCACAUCCUAGGACUCAGCAAACCCCCAACACUAAGAAGCUUCGGCAAUGGUAUAUGUCAAUGCUUGAUAAAGCAACAGUGCAGAAGGUAGUGACGAAUGCUACAAACCUGUAUGAUCGGUUCUUUGGUUCGACGGAGGAAUCUACCUGCAAUAUUACAGCGGCGCAGUUGCCGUACUUCGAAGGAUCUUUCUGGUCCUAUAAUGCUGAGCUUCUGAUUCAGGAAAUUGAAACAGAAGGCAAUAAUGAGUUGCAAAAGAAGGUGAAAACGCUUUCUAGAAGAAAAUUAAAGGGUCUUGUGAGCAACAAAAGUAAGGAUGGUGUUGAUGUUGAUGAUGCUAAAAACAUUCUCCUGAUGCAAAAGCUUGAAAAAAUGAUAUCCCUAAACAAGGAGGAUUUCAUGGUGGUGGAAUUGAAUUAUUCAUGCACGCGAUGUUCGAAGGCCAUCUUAUCGGGAUUGAGAUGGUUUUGCGUGAAGUGCAAGAACAUUCAUUUGUGUGAAACAUGCGCUGAUGCAGAACAACAGUUUCCUGGGGAAGACAAACAUCAUAUGAGUGGCAAAGAGAAGCAUUGGCUCUCAAAGGCUCAGGUGAACGGCAUACAGUCUACUACAGAGGAUAAUGAUAUCGUCCUAGAAAACAAUGUGUUUGAAAGCAGACAAGUGUUUUUAGGUUUUUCUCAGAAGCAUAAUUACAACUUCGACACACUUCGGCGAGCCAAGCAUUCUUCGAUGAUGAUACUUCAUCAUCUUGACACCUCAAACAAGCUCAAUUGCUCUCAAAACUCCAGUCGUCUCCUUCAAGUGACCUGCACGGCCUGCAACAAGGAUGUUUCAACAACGAUUUACUUCGCCUGUUUGAUUUGUUCGAAUUACCGAGUUUGCACUGGAUGCUAUGCCAAAAACAAAAUCCUUCGUGUGCUUCAUCUCUUCCCCAUAAUCCCUUCAGCUCACGGAACGCCGCCUAGAACCGUAGGGGUUCUUGAGAUACUGGACGCUUUGUUGCAUGCUCAUUUGUGCCGGCCCACGGCCACUCAGUCGUCGUGCUCAUACUCGAAAUGCAAUGAUGUUAAAACACUGUUUAAACACAGUGUAGAGUGCAAAAUCAAAGGGCAAGGAGCUUGCAAGAUUUGCAACAAUAUGUGGAAGAUAAUAAGGAUUCACGCAUACCAUUGCCAAGAUCCCAUCUGCACCAUACCACGCUGCAGAGAUAUGAAGGAAGACUUGAUUAGGAAUGGUGUAUUGCUAUAA